AGAACGAAACCCAUGAAAAUUAGAAUCACCGGUGGUCAAGCAGGAUCAACAGAGUCAAGUUGACACUUUGUGUUGUCCUCUGUUGCUCUUUCACACAUUCUAACUAUAUAUAUAUAUACAUAUACAUAUAUAUAUAUAGGUCCUUUCUUUGUGUCUAGAGUAGAGACAGAGCACAAAGAGUACUAGACAGAGAGAGUGGGAGAGAUUUUUUUUUGUUUUGGCAAUAUUGGCACUUUUUUUGUUUCUUCAAGAGUGAUAAAACUUGUUAGUGCAAUGGAGGUUGAAGGUACUGAAAUUAGACAAGCAUCUAAGUUUAAGAGGAUUUGUGUGUUUUGUGGAAGUAGUCAAGGGAAAAAAAGUAGUUACCAAGAUGCUGCUAUUGAGCUUGCCAAAGAAUUGGUUUCGAAAAAAAUUGAUCUGGUCUAUGGAGGAGGUAGCAUAGGCUUGAUGGGUUUGGUUUCUCAAGCUGUUCAUGAUGGUGGUCGCCAUGUUAUAGGAGUUAUUCCCAAGACGCUCAUGCCUCGAGAGUUAACUGGUCAAACAGUGGGGGAACUGAAGGCAGUAGCAGAUAUGCAUCAAAGGAAGGCAGAGAUGGCUAAGCAUUCAGAUGCUUUUAUUGCCUUACCAGGUGGUUAUGGGACUCUUGAAGAGUUGCUUGAAGUGAUAGCUUGGGCUCAACUUGGAAUUCAUGACAAACCGGUGGGAUUGCUGAAUGUUGAUGGAUACUACAACUCAUUGCUCUCAUUUAUUGACAAAGCUGUGGAAGAAGGAUUUAUAGAUCCCAGUGCGCGCAACAUCAUUGCAUCAGCACCAACAGCCAAGGAGUUGGUGAUGAAAUUGGAGGAAUAUGUUCCCUGCCAUGAGGGUGUUGCUCCAAAAUUGAGCUGGGAAAUUGAUCAGCUUGACUACUCUGAGAAUUAUGCUAUCUCAAGCUGACAUGGAGAUGAGAUGACUACACUAAAGAAGUAGAUGGAAUUUGAAAGUGGAAGGAGCUAAUUUUGGAUGAUCUUGAAAAUUUCCAUAUGUGGGGAAAAUUCUUUUUUUUUUUUUUUUCUUUUUGUGUAAAUUACUGCAAUUAACCACAAUAUGCUAAGCUUCUCAAUAUUCCCUUUUAGUGAAAAUCUGGAUUUUCUUAUUAAGUUGUAAGUACUAGAGGCCUAUGAACAUUCUCAUUUUACAUGUUUACUAAUUUAUAUGUUAACUAUAUUUCCCUUCCUUUCUCA